CGCGUCUCUCUCCCCUGCUUCCAUGGCUGCCGUACCCUUUGCUCCUCCCAGCCAGCCGAGGUCUCUUCCGAAGCACCGCCGGCCAUCUCGAGGGAGAUCUGGCGCCCGGCCACCCUCACCUCAUCCACUUCCUGGCGUUCGUCCUCGGCUCCCUCACGCCGUGUGCUCCUCCCUGGUACUCGAGAUCGCCCAUGGAGCCCAGCCCCAUGCGGCGCUCCGCUCGCUCUUGUCUGGUGGCUGGUGCGCGCAGGCGCCGGGCUCAGGGAGCCCCGGCAAGAGCUGGCGUUGUGGCGGGCCACCGACAGCGAUGGAGGUGCUUGCUGCCACUCCUUGUAGGCGUCGCCUUCCUUGUCGAGAUCACCUCCCUUUGCCGCCUCGACAUGGCGAAGAACGCCGAGGUGGUCGAGAGCUAGACCAGCUCCUUUUACCACUGCUCCUCCCAUUGGGGUGAAGCCGUGGGUCGGGGCGUGGUCCCGAGGUCAGGCAGCGAUGGCGAGGAUGAAGAGAUCCGAUGGUGCGAGCAGCGGUUCGAGAGGGAGGAUGUCGUGCCCUAUGAGUCUAUGACCGCGACGUUGACAGGGAUCCCGUGCUUGUCGGUGGCGCAGCCAAGGACUGGAGUAAAUGCUACGUAGGUUGUGGAUUUGUUUUUUUUCUGCCAGUAAGACACUUGAUGCUACUUUUGGAAUUGCACCAGAUUUUUCUGUAGAGGGUAUCCUCGGAUCAAUGGAAUCAUCUCAAUAUUAUUCAAAAAAUAGUAUUGAUGUGGCUCGAGGGAGAGGGUACAAGAUUGUGAUGACAAUCAGCCUUUCUUGAGACGUCCCAGUUGGCUACUCUUCAUGGGCUGAAUAUGAUUGUAACACCCUCAAUUUGAGGUAUAAAAUUUUUUUUCUAAUAUCCACC